AGCGGCUUGGCGCACCGCUUGAGUUUUUGAUUAGCGCGUUAUUAUUUCGCGCGAUAUAGUAACAGUGGGGGGUUAACCAAUGACCUCCCUCGGACCUUUGUUAUUGACACGCGCCACCUCUCUCUCUCCGUGUUCUCCUGCUCCGCUCUGUCUCCCCGCAAAUCGAGGACUUCCGCUGGCUCUCUCCUCCCCCGCCCUUGCCCUGCGACCGGAGGCGACCGAGCGCCUGCGGCGGCACCGCGCCGGGAUCCGCGAGACCGCGACGAUCCGUGCAUCCAAGAAUACUAGAAUUGCGGCCCUUUAUGAAUCUUGAGGGCAGUCUAUACUAGAGGGCAGCAGGGUACUAGGAUUGGGGAUCCUCCGAGAUGAGGGGGAGAAAUGAUGGGACGCAAAGCAAGAGACCCGUCGUGCUGUUCUGUCUGAUGGUUGUGUGCCUCUGCCUCCUCUUCCUGUAUUUCUCGGGCUCCAAAGGGCAGGCAGGGAGUACAGCACUAGAGUAUGGCACCAAAUUCUCGCGGUCACUCGGGUGGGGCAGUGAUGUAGAUGGUGAUGAUGGUUCAGAUGAGUCAAUUUUUGGGACUGGCGAUGCCAACGAUGUUAAGCUCAAGAGCUUCCCUGUAUGCGAUGAUCGGCACUCUGAGCUGAUCCCCUGCUUGGAUAGGAAUUUGAUAUAUCAGACAAGGUUGAAGCUCGAUUUAAACCUGAUGGAGCACUAUGAGAGGCAUUGCCCUCCUCCUGAGAGGCGCUUUAAUUGCUUGAUCCCCCCACCACAUGGCUAUAAGGUUCCCAUAAAAUGGCCAAAAAGUCGUGAUAUAGUGUGGAAAGCAAAUAUUCCUCACACUCACCUUGCAAAAGAGAAGUCGGACCAGAACUGGAUGAUUGAUGCAGGUGAAAAAAUUAAGUUUCCAGGUGGUGGAACACAUUUUCAUCAUGGAGCUGACAAAUAUAUAGCAAACAUUGCAAAUAUGCUAAACUUCAAAGACAACAUUAUAAACAAUGAGGGAAUGCUCCGUACAGUUCUUGAUGUUGGCUGUGGAGUUGCUAGUUUUGGAGGAUACCUUCUUUCAUCUAAUGUCAUAGCAAUGUCUUUGGCACCGAACGAUGUACAUCAGAACCAGAUCCAAUUUGCUCUUGAAAGAGGGAUCCCUGCAUAUCUUGGUGUUUUAGGAACAAAAAGGCUUCCGUACCCAAGUAGAUCCUUUGAAUUAGCCCACUGUUCUCGUUGCAGGAUUGACUGGCUUCAAAGAGAUGGAAUUCUUCUGCUUGAACUAGACAGAUUACUCAGGCCUGGAGGUUACUUUGCUUAUUCAUCUCCUGAAGCAUACGCACAAGAUGAGGAGGAUCGUAGAAUCUGGAAAGAAAUGAGUGCCCUUGUAGAAAGGAUGUGCUGGAAAAUUGCAGAGAAAAAAAACCAGACAGUUAUCUGGGUCAAGCCUCUGAACAAUGAUUGCUACAGGAGCCGACCACAUGGUACAAAUCCACCUCUAUGCAAAAGCGGUGAUGAUCCAGAUUCAGUAUGGGGAGUGACAAUGGAAGCUUGCAUUACUUCAUAUCCAGAACAAAUGCACAGAGAUGGGGGAAGUGGACUGGCUCCUUGGCCUGCUCGAUUAACAACCCCACCUCCUCGUCUUGCGGAUUUGUAUGUUACAGCUGACACAUUUGAAAAGGAUACGGAAAUGUGGCAGCAAAGAGUAGAUAAUUACUGGAAUUUGCUGCGCCCAAAGAUAAAACCAGACACUAUCCGAAAUGUCAUGGACAUGAAAGCAAACUUUGGAUCAUUUGCUGCUGCUCUCAAGGAAAAGAAUGUAUGGGUGAUGAAUGCUGUGCCCCAUGAUGGACCAAGCACUCUCAAGAUAAUCUAUGACAGAGGGCUCAUAGGAUCCAUUCAUGACUGGUGUGAAGCAUUCUCGACGUAUCCUCGAACAUAUGAUCUUCUCCAUGCAUGGACAGUCUUCUCCGACCUCGACAAAAGAGGUUGCAGUGCUGAAGAUCUGCUCCUUGAAAUGGACCGCAUCCUUAGGCCAACUGGUUUUAUCAUCGUGAGAGACAAGGCCCCUGUCAUUCUGUUCAUCAAGAAGUACCUUAAUGCACUUCACUGGGAAGCAGUUACUGUUGUAGAUGCCGAGUCCAGUCCAGAACAAGAGGAUAACGAAAUGAUAUUCAUAAUCCGGAAGAAAUUGUGGCUACCAGAAGGAGGCUCGCAGGACUCCACGUAACCUUUUCAUCCGAGUUUCUUUGGCACAAUCAGCAUCUGCAGCUCAGAAGCCAUGAAGUGAGGCUCGGCUGCUCCCUCCAGAUACACGAUUCAAUAUCGCUGCCCCUGAAAUAGAUUUCGGCUCAGAUCUUCAAUUCUACUACCCACAUGAAGAUAGAGUAUUUCUUGGCAUAUGGCAAGUAUCCAGAAGGCUAAGCUCAAGCCUUUCUUUUUUGUCUCUACAGAUGAUACAAUCAUCACUUGAUGCUUGUCCUUCAGCCUGGUUAGGAAAUAAGAAUUUUUUUUGGGUGGGUCUUGAGCUUCAGUUAGGUGUUUCAAGUCCAUUCUUCAAGUCUUUAUUACACAGAUUUGGUGUUUAUUGUAAGGAGCUUAAACUGUAAACAGGUUAAGUGAACUUUAGCUAGGGACAGGGGCCUCAAGGCUGCUGGAUCCACUUACCAGAGAUUUGUACCUGAAGAAGAGUGGUGCUUCUGCUGUAUCUUUACGGAUUGCAGCAGCCAGUAAUAUCAACUAUUUCCUCCAUAGUAAGUGCCGAAAUAUUACAUGUA